AACUUCUUUUUCUCACCAAACUCUGUUUUUUUCCUUCCAAACAAGAAUUCCCAAAAGAGAGAACAAUGAAAGUUGGUGGCUAUUUGUUCUCAUUCAAGAGGCUUAACAAAAAGGGUGUCGCCGGAACUGUUGGUUCUGAAGCGGGUAGCGCCGGAGAUCAUCAUCAACUUCAUGAUUCUUUAACUCAGCCGCCGCGGCCGUCGUCGUUGCGGUGGCGAUUCAAGAAUCUGUCCAGUGGAUUGAGGUGGAAGAGUAAGAGGCUUUACAAAUUGAGAUACUGGAUCGUUGACUGUCUCCUCUUCAAGAUUGUUUCUGCCUUUGAAGCCAUUUUUCUCGUCUCCACCUUGGCUUUUUUCUACCUCUGCUGCGGCUGCCAUAUCUAGAUUCUUCCAUAUUUCAGAAAAUAGCCAUUUAUUUUAAAUUUUCCUCCUUUUUGAACCUUUUUUUUUUACUUGUGGUAAGUUGAUGGAGCAUAUUAACAGCUGGGAAGUGGAAUUCUGAAAAUAAAAUUAAAAAAAAAAAGUUGAUAUCUUUUUGUGGGGAGGGGCAAGAGAUCAUUGGAGGAGCUCACGGCUAAUGCAUUAAUGCUGAAUGGGGUGAAAAUUAUCAUUAGAUGUCUCUUUUCAUUCUUCUAUUUUCUGGCUGAAUUUUGUUGACGUUUUGUAAUGUAUAGAGAAAGUUAAUGUACUAAUUUGCAUUACUAACUUAGAUAUUCUUUUGUAUGUAAUGUAAUCUUAAUAUCUUAAUUGUUCUUUUCUUCAA